UCGCACUAAGAAGCGAGUCAGUGUAGCCACACCUGUCCAGCUGACUUCGGGAUUCACCAGCAGCUGAUGUACGGUCCCACUGAUUGAUUAGUCGGUCUUUAUUUUCUACCAUUUCCCACCCACCUCGAAAUCAAGGAAAAGCAGCCCGUAAUUGCACAAUGUCCGAAGAAAAGAAGAACGGUGAUGAAUUAAACGACCUGCUGGACAGUGCUCUCCAGGAUUUCGAUAAAAGUGGUGCAGGAGACCAAAAGGAGCCAUCCUCGUCUUCGGAUGUGGCGACCACUGAAGGAGCUGCGGGCUCCGAGGAUCCAGAUGCGUUUUUCAUUGAGCAGGCCAAGGUGCUGGCCGAUCGCAUGAACACGCUCUUCGGAGGACCGGACACGCCCAGUGGCGAUAUCCCGCCGCUGCCCCAGGAUCCCGACCAGAUCAUGGCCGGGUUCAAGAAGAUGGCCGAGGCAGCCGCGCUCACCUUAAGCGGCGACAAUUCGGCCACCGACGAGGAUGUCUCCAAGUAUUCUGACAGCAUUUCACAGGCUCUCAAGGGCCUGCAGGAGGGCUCCGAGAACCUGGCUGCUCCCGCCUCGGAGAACGACAUAGCCAGCAUGUUUGGCUCACUGAACCUUGAGGGGGCUGGCGAGGGCGAUGGAAACAUGUUCCUACCCUUCAUGGAAGGCAUGAUGCAGAGCUUGCUUUCGGCUGAAAUUCUGCUGCCCAGCAUCCGGGAGCUGCUGGAGAAGUACCCCAAGUACCUCGAGGAGAACGACGCCAAGCUCUCGGCUGAGGACAAGGAAAGGUACCAGAAGCAAAUGGAGCUGUACAAGGUGAUUGAGGCGCAUUUACAAAGCGAGAAGGCCGAAGAUUCGGCCGCCGUGAAGCGAGAGAAGUUUCGCGUCGUGCUGGACGACAUGCGCAAACUGCAAGACUACGGCCAGCCGCCACCAGAGAUUCUGGCCGAGACGGGCGGCGACCUGCCCUUUGGCGAUCCCAUUGCCGGCGUUGCUGCCGGCGGACCAGGUCCCCAGUGCCCCACCAUGUAAAUGGUGACGGAGCCCGGUAGUCUCGUGGUGUGCCAAUUGGUUAACUGUUGAGUGUUGCACAUUUUUUAGGCUAAGGCAGAUUUGUAUUUUAUUUUAUCCACGACAAAACAAUACGGCGGUCGCUAAAGGUUAUCACCUCCCUUCAA